AUGAAGCGAAAUCGACCAAGCGGGUCUCAGCAACAAAAAAUUAAGAAGGCAAAAGAAAAGUCAGCUGAGGCGAUGUCUGGAUCAAUUUUAAAAUAUGUUGCACCUUCAACAUCUACCGCAGUAGGAGAAAGCGCUGAAGACAUUCAGUCUGUUGAAUCCAGAGGUGAAAUGCCUGAAGUAUCUUCUCAAGACGCUUCAUAUGGGAAAGCGCAAGAAUUGGAGAAGAUCAUUUUAUCUUCAAGCGGUGAAAGUGAUGUAGAUGAAGGCGAUGCCAGCAGAAGCCUGCAUCAGCAAGACUCUGAUGAUGAUGAUGAUGAUGAAGAAGAAGAAGAGGAGACUGUUCGACUGUCAGUUUAUUCUGAUGUUGCUGCUUGGCCAGUUCCAGUUCCAGAUGUUUUAAGAGUGGACCUUAUUAAGAGGGGAAGUGAACCUUUCCAAAAUAGAGAUGGGCCAUUCAGUCCUGUUGAAAGGCAAGGAGAGAAAUCAAAAGGGAAGAGUCGACAGUUGACCACUGCAUGGUUCUAUAAGGCUCUGCCUAAUGGCGAAAAAAUUCUAAGAACGUGGAUGGUGUACUCUCCAUCAAAACAAAGUUUGUUUUGUUUUUGCUGCAGACUUUUUGCUGUUGAUGACAAAGUAACAGGGGCAUCCAGUUUUGUUACUGGGUUUCAAUUGUGGUGGAAGCUGAACCCAAAGGUGUCUGAUCAUGAGGCUUCUGAGCAGCAUCUUACAUACUUGGAGAAAUGGAAGACCUUGAGAGCAGGAUUGAAGCUACAAAAAUGCAUUGAUCAUGUCCAUCAAACAACAGUGGAAUGA